CGUAUCCCGUAAGUUUCAGUCCCGCGCAAGAUUCCGUAGUGUUGGGCCCAGAUGAUCGGGACUCCCCGGCGCAAACGCAGUGGCGGCAUGAGCCAAGUUCCCCGAAUUGUCUUUAUGAGGGAACGAAUCUUGGCAGCGCUGCAGGAUAUAGAAUUGGAGCUCACAGCGCUGCCGGGGAUUAUAGCAGAGCCGGUUAUUGUUGCGCUGGGGCGGGAGACGGGGCAGUUAGUCCCGGUGCCGGAACCGGGCGCGGCGCCAGACAUUCAGAGCACACCGCCGGAGCCGGCCGCGUAUGCGUCAGAGCUGGCCACCGCGGUACACACGCGCACCGCAGACCCAGCCCCUGUUGCGGCCACCACCGCUCUAGCCGCCGAGGCUCCAGGCUCCGGCGCUGCCUCUUCCCUGGCCCCAGAGCUGGCGCGGACGGAAGUGGCGCUACCUGCCUCAGCCGUGGAGCCGGCCGGGGGGGUCGGCCCCUGCGCCCCGGGAGCCCGCAUCACGGGGGGCGGGGGCGGAGCCGACCACGUCGGCGGAGCCGGCUGCUGUAACCCCGACUCCUCCGCGAAAGCGGCGGCGAACUCGGGCCGCAGGGUCCCGGGCGCCGCCCGGAUUCCAGCCUCCCCAGUUUCACUCCCUGCCGCCCCGCCCGCCGAGGCUCCGAGCUCCGGCGCGGCCCCACCUGCCAGUCCAGCGCUGGCACGGCCGAAAGCGGCAGUAGCAGCCCCGGCCGUAUGGCGGGGCACGGCCACGCCUUCUGGGCCAACAUGCCAAUCUCCCAGGGGAUCGUCGGGCACUCUCCUGGCCGGAGGGGUGAGCAGCGUUGCCGCGCCAACGCUUGCUUCAUGGCAGGAUUGCGUAACAGAGCCUAGGCGCAAAAAUCUGCAGGAGACGCACCUGCCUUGAGUGAAGGUCUGGGUACAGGACCUACUCACUGAGAAGUGGGAAGGCCUGUAUGAGCUAUUGCUUGGGGGUGUGGGUAUGCUUGUAUUCCCACAGAUACUGGGGUACAAUGGCUACCUGCAAGAUGUGUUCGGCCCGAUCUGCGUCACCAGCAGCAGAACAGGCAACCUCCAAGGCAACCCUCAAAUGAUGACCAGAAUGCAGAUCAACCACUGAAUGAUUCUUCAGAUGAUGACCAGGAUGUCAACCCUCAGCCUGGUCCUUCUACAAGAAGAGACUGAAUUUUAACAGAGACUGAAUUUUAAGUUUCUUGUGUUAUGGAGUCAGAAUGUUAUGCAGAAUAUUGGAGCCCUUAAGGCUAUCCAGAAGCAGUAAUUGAUGUAGAGCCCUUAAGGCUAUUCAGAAUUAAUGACUGGACGUAUAGCUGGGUUUGCUAGAUAUAUUUCCCUUGGCACUGCUGGAGGAUCUCUCUACCUGCCUUAAAUCAGUAUCUGAUUUAGAUUCUGUUUGGUCAAACAGACCCCUUACGCUGUGUUUGUUCUCCUUGCUUCAAGGGGUCCCGCAGAGGAUUACAAACGCGACCUUUUUGGUCUCAGACAAAAAGGGGGAACUGUGGAUGCUAAAAGGCAGGAGCAGAGGAAUUUUCCAGCUGCUGAAGCAUCUGCAAAGUUUUUCCUUUCUCACACUUUAACUGAGAAACAGAAAGACUGUUUGGUAAACUAUCCACAGGUGCAGGUUGUUGUGAGAACGGUGGAAUUGUUUUCAGUCUUGUGAGAAUAAUAUUUUGAAAUGGGUGGUUAUACCGCUCAGCCACUCACUGUGGUGGGUGACUAGCCAAGGGGCCAAUCACAUAAUUUCUCUUUUGCGAUCCAUGCUAUAAAAGAUGGGGCUUUGGCAUUAAAGGAGUCUUAGCUCUGCUUCGGACAUAUCAUCUGACCUGGACUUAUGUCGUGAUUUUUGCUGUCUCUCUGGGGAUAACAGCAACAUCACUUUAUAAACUAUAAAAGCAAUACCAAACUAUCACAAAGCAGAAAUCUUCUGCACAUUCCGUGGAAACAUGUGGAGCUUUCUCCCCAAAGUCAUGACACCGGCUCUUUAUGGUUACUCUGCUGGGGAAUGAGGGAAAGGACUCUGUGAACACUAUCAUCAUUUCGGUGGUAAAUUACAUUGACUCCUAAUCUAAACUAUUUCUUUGCUAGCUUUAAUAUAGGUACCCUGAUCUUGUGCACUGUUUCAUGUAAUCUAAUAGUAGUUCUUUUUUGUCUUAUACUGUGUAGUAAGUAACUCUGUUUAAGGCAUUUUGACUCUUAAUCUCCUAUUUAUUCAAUAAGUAAUUCAUUUUAUAAUAGACCUAAUCUGCCAUUCUUGACAAUUUGUGGUCUGAAGCAAUUUAGGUGCAGGCUGCCUAAAUUCAAGCUGCUGCCAAAAAUCUUAGCCUAAGGCAGGGCUUAUCUGAAGCUCUCAUUUGACCUGUAUGUAGCAAGGUCAAAUAGGAAAAAUGGGAGAAUGCUUUCUAGCUGGAAUCUCUGAGCAAGAUUUCAGUUCAAAAGGUCAGAUUUGUGUCUUACCCACCUUUCCUGACUCCUCUGGGUCAACUGACAAGAACAUCCUGCCAUAACCUAGGUCCUAGCUGGGAUUGUCCUGCUAUCUUCAGUGAAGCUACUCUAGAGGUGUCUUUUUGUUACUGAGAAAGGGGGUGUAAUUUACAGUGUAAAUUUUGAUGAGACAAAUGAAAGCCAACAGAAAUUAUAUGUGGAGUUUAUAGACUGGAAGAUUGCUCCUAAGGCUAAAGUGCCAUGUAAAAAUAUUUUCUGUAAGACAUUGGGGAACACCCAAAUCCACAGACAGGGAAAGGAUAAAAGUCAGAGCUUCAUCCCAGUUCAUUUCUUAGAGAUUCUUCUGUAUUAUGAAUAUGAUUUAUUUGUUAUAUUCCUAGUUGAAGAGUUUGUAUUAGUAACUUCUUUUGGUCAUCAGUUCCUCAGCUCUAGAGUAGUCUUUUCCCUAGUGUGUUCAAAGUAACAUACACAAUAUUUCUUGAACGCAAGUAUAUAAUGCACAUUCUACUUGGUUUCUCAGACGCUAUUUUAUAGCGAAGUACUGAAAAUUCAAGUACUGAAGAAAUUUUGUUACCUGUAGUUUUCAAUAAUUGAAGUCACAAAACACUGAUACCUCUACCAGUGAUACUAUGUAGGAAAUAAAUACUACACCUGUUCUAAGUUUUAGAAACAAUGUACAUGGUUUAUAAAUUCUCAUCUGGUUUUGCUUUAUAUUGAUAAAUUAUGCCUUGCUUUUGAUGACACCCAGACAAAAACAAGAGAAAAUAUAGUUUGUGUAGAUUAAGAUGAAGCUUUUCUAUUUAUAGACACUGAGAAAAAAAUUGAAAUAUAAGACCCCGUGCAAGACCUGAUUUCCUGAACAUCUCUCAACCCCACUGAAAUUAGUGGGACGAGAGUCAAAGCUGCCCUACCAGAGUAAAGACGCUUUAUUCUUCUGUGUAUUCAAAAGUUACAAAGAAGGUUCAGACAUUCUUUGGAAAAAUGGAGACAAAUGCUGCUUAUUUACCAUUCUACACCUGUUCAUUGGCCAUGUAACAGGCAACUGUACAUUGUAUUCAUAGGCUGAGUUAUUGCCUAUCUCUAACUAAAAUAUUCAUGGAGCAUCUCUGAACAGUUUCAGAAGUCAUUCAUUAUAGAUUCAGGUCACGGUUUGCAGUCUGUAUUUUCACUUGUUUUGAUGCAGAGCAGCAAAACCUCUGCUUUGCAGCUUAAGAGAGUAAACCCAGAUGCCACAAACACAGUAGGAGGAGAAGGCUAGGACUCUAUCCCAUGUGGAAAAGUCUGACUCUUUGCUCUGUUCCUGUGCUCUUCCAUCCAUUUCAUGCUGGAUCCUCCUCAUAUGGCCAGGCAUGAGCCUAAGGAAACAAUGAAGUCUUAUAGGGCACGAAAGUGCAAAAAGAGGAAAGUGAAAAAACAAGGGGAAAAACAACUGAUACCGGGGGACAACAAAUAACAAUAAUUAACAAGAUACAGAACAGCCUACUUCCGUAUUCACAAUUAGAGGGAGAAUACUGACCUCUGCAGACCUUUGGUUUGACACAUUUUAUCUACUUUCAAGUUAUUAUCCCCAAGUCUGGAGGUGGUCAGAAAGAAACUGUAUAUUUAUGCAAAAAUUUGCCCUCUAAGAAAAGUCUUUUACUUACUUCUUGAGGUGAGAAUUUGGUUAUGCUUCAAAGUUAGAGAAUUUACACUUCUUUCUAAGCAAAAUGCAUUACUUCACUGAUUACUUCCUCUUUUGUGAUUGUUGACAAAAGGAACGUGUAUUUCAAGAGUGCAUGAAAUAAACAGUAGAGGAAGUAAAUGAAGACUGUGCCCCUGCUUUCCAGCAUGGAAGGACUGGGCAGGAGGAGGGAGUACAGCUGCCCUUUACUGCAGGGAGACAUUGCUGCUUCUCAUUCCUGGACUGUCACUUGUUUAAUCCAUCCUAGGACUUUUCCUUUAAUGUGAAAAAUAUCAAAAGCCAAGUGCUGUGUGCUGUGGAUCAAUUGUUAUUUGUGUGCAGCUCUCUGCCUUAGGCCACUAUUACAGCUGGCCUGGUUCCUACGGUAUAUCACCGUGUCCCGCAGCCAUAG